GGGGUAGUUUUAAACUUGCAGUUGGUGCGAUUGAGUUCCUGUAAGCCACGAGAAACACUUUGGAAACUCCGCGGGCGUCUUUGCUCUGAUGACAAGUCUCAGUCCAAGGACGAUCUCUAAGUGUCUGUAGUACAGUAUGAUUAGUUAAUUAGAAAACUGUCAAGUGAUCUACUCCCGCAGGACAUCCCCUGCAGCCAAUCAGCGCUCACAACGGCGUUAUGACAUAUAUUUGAACGAGCAGAGAGGUUCAGAGAGCAGAGUAGAUGACAGAGAUACUGUUCUAAACAAGAGAGAGCUGUGAUAUAGCACGAUCACGCGCUUGUAUCCUUUCUGGACGCAUUUUCUUUCUUUUUUUUUUUUGUGCGUAAAAGUUUAGAGAUACUUUAUUAACUAUAUAGAUACUUUGGUCGUCUCAUGGGCUGAGUUCCGCAUAUCAGUUAGACUCAUUUCCCACAAGUUAUAAAUAGAGCAGAAAGUAUCACUAAUCGUGUUUAAAACGCAUGCAUCUGUGCGUAAAACACAGCUAUCCAACUCCAAACAACCUAGAAGCGUCGCAAUGGAAAAAUCAAAGAACUUCAGGAUCGACGCUCUUCUGGCUGAAGAACCCCAUCGAGGGACACGAGAAGUAUCACCUGGACUGAGCAGCGACAGCCCGACGGGUAGCCCGGUGUCCUGCAGGCGCGCCGACACUCCGUCCCCCCGCGGGACCCCCGGCGCCAUACACCUCCAAACCGGAAUCAUACCUAAACCAGGGCUGCUCAAUCUCCCACACCCGGGACUCACUUCAAUUCCAGCCAUGUACACGACGCCCAUGUACCCCAUUUCAGCUUUGGGAGGUCAGCACCCUGCCCUGGCGUACUCGGGCUUUACGCAGCUGACGCAGCCGUACCCGGAGCACCUGAAGGCGGCGGCGAUGGCCGGAUCUUUACCGCUGGAGCACUGGAUACGAGCUGGCAUCAUGGUACCACGACUGCCCGAUUACACCUGUGAGUGGGGUAGCAUUCAGAUGACCGCCCCCCAGUCCGGUUUGAUGGGUAAAUGUCGUCGGCCACGGACAGCAUUCACCAGUCAACAACUACUGGAGCUGGAAAACCAGUUUAAACUGAACAAGUACCUUUCCAGGCCCAAACGCUUCGAAGUGGCUACAUCUCUCAUGCUGACUGAGACACAGGUCAAGAUCUGGUUCCAGAACCGGCGAAUGAAGUGGAAACGCAGUCGCAAGGCUAAAGAACAGGCCGCGCAGGUCGAGGUCGAACGCCAACGUGGCGGGACCAAAUCGACCAAUGAGAGGCCAGGAAGGGACGGCCGCAGGGCUCACGCUCAGAGUGUGGAGGAGCACGAGGAAGAGGACGAUCUUGACGAGGACGAUGAAGAAGAUGAGGAGGAAGGGCCACACAAGUUUAUAAACGACAACCUAAAUAUACCACGUUCCACAGACUUUCUGCACCACACAUCUGCGUUAGGAUACCACGCUGACAGCCCGUUCUCUGAGGACGACAUGGAGGAGGUGGGAGCCGGCGAUAGGAAGAUUGGGGCAGGGUUAUGAAAAGAUUUCCAAAUGGAAACUGAGACUGCAUGAACUCACAGCAGCAUUACAGUCCUGUGCUGUGGUUUGACUAUGGCAACAGUAAGAUGAAAAAACUGAGACUAUAAAAGCCAAACCAUUUAGCCACCUAAAGACACAUGAAAAGACAACCAAGUAUACAAGGGACUUCAUUGGUGUUUGAGGUGACAGAGAAUCUUAUACAGACAAGUAGACAUUUAAUAGUAUAACAAAUAACAAACAUUUAAGCUGUGUUCCAAAACCUAUAGACAGCAAUUUAAUAUAAAAUUAAAAAGUUUUUUUUUUAAAAGAAAUUAAUACUUUUAUUCCGCAAGGAUGCGUGAAAUUGAUCAAAAGUGACAGUAAAAACAUUUAGAAUGUUACAGAAGAUUCUGUUCUUUUGAACUUCCUAUUCAUCAAAGAAUCCUGAAAAAAAAAGUAACAUUGUUUCCACAAAAUAUGAAGCAGGACAACUGUUUUCAACAUUGGUAAUAAUAAGAAAUGUUUCUUGAGCAGCAAAUCUUCAUAUUAUAAUGGUUUCUGAAGGAUCAUGUGACACUGAAGACUGACGCCGGAAAAUUCAGCUUUGCAUCAAAGGAAUAAAUUAGAUUUUAAAAUGUAUUAACAUAGAUUUUAAAUAAUUUGCAAUAAUAUUUCACAAUAUUAGCAUUUUACAGUUUUUUUUUUUCCUGAUAAAAAUUAAUGCAGCAUUUGUGAGAGAGACUUCUUGCAAGAACAUUAAAAUAUCCAAGCCCAAUUUUUUGAACGAUAAUGUAUUAUUAAUUCAAUAGCAAAAAGAUAAUAAUAAACAGCUUAAAAUUGUCUGAUUCACCCAGUAUUUGCUAUAUAGAAUAUCAUGUUGCUAUCUUCGCAACAUGCUAACGUUAAAUGCCAUUAGAAUCAAUUGUUCACAUAAGGUGUGCUAUUUGUGAGGCAGUUGCCUGUGUAGGCAGUAAGGCAGAUUACUAGGUUUUGGAACAGAGCUUUUGAUUACACUUUUUGAGAGCUAUGUCUUGUUUCAGCAAGACUUACAUGUUAAUUUAUUGUUUUUGUUCAUUGUAAAUAGCAUCAGAUGUUCUGUGUCAUGCUUACAUGUGUACAGUUUUUGCAGCAAAACACUUUUCCUUCAUUAUUACUGAUUACAAGUAAACCUCAACUAAAUAUAGGCUACAGCUAUGCAAAAAAAAAAUAUAUGAUUUUUUUUUAAUGCUGGUGAAUAUGGAAUCUAAAUGACCCUAUUUGAUUUCUUAAUACACACCUGGUGCAUGAUUCAACCGUGCACAUUAUUCCAAAGAAAUAUUGUUUUGAGAAGUGUCUAAAAUUUAAUUCAGGUUAACAGUAAUAUUAACAGCAAUAAUAGCAAAUAAUGACAGAUUUGAAAAAGAAGCAUUACCAACUGGGAAACGUCAAGAUGUUCUGGUAUGAAAUGGGCACUUUUCAUGACUCAAUCAAUUCCUGAGGCUAUAAGGAUACACUCAUUAUGUGCCAAAACAUCAUUUAUAUAUUUUAAAUGCAUGUAGUAAUUUUAUGUGGUGUCAAACCAAAACAACAAAACAUUAAAUCAGUUUGAAAUUCAUUGUUUUAGAGUUGACUAAUUAUACAACAUGCAUACUAUUUAUUUGCAUUAAAAUAUGCAGUAGCCUAUAAAUGAAUAUGCAUUUCUCUGAUGUCUCUCCACCUAUGCAUCAUUUACCUGUGUGAUGGAAGAGAGCUGGAGGCAUGUCUAUUUCUAAAUGUCAUGGUUACAUUCAUAUGUGGCUCAGUGUUUGUUCACUUUAAUGUUAUUUAAGCAAGUUAAAGUGUGUGUAAUUUAUUUCCAUUGAAGGAUGCAAGGGAGGUCGAUGCACAGUAUAAUAAUGUUAUAUUUGUCUGUGUUGCUGUAAAUUGCUGGAAAUAAA